AUGAUGAACUUCUUUGGCGGCGGCUCGUCAGAGGAACAGUCGAACGCGAACGCUGAGGGAGGCGAUUCGUACGGCGCGGAGAAGCUCUCUCUGAAUGAGGAGACCGCUUACGGGUCCUCGGGUCAGACAUCCGAGGGGUAUGUGACGGAGAGUGUGGUUAAGAAAACUGGCUAUGGGGGGGAGGAGUCUGAGGGGUAUGGCGCCAAGGAGAGUGGGGGGUAUUCGGGUGAUAACAAUGAGGGGAACAAUGCGGAGGGAGGGAGCGGGUAUAACGCGGAGAGCGGCAGCGGGUAUAAUGCGGAGCAGGGCAGCGGGUAUAACGCGGAGAGCGGCAGUGGGUAUAACGCCGGGGGGGGCAGCGGGGAUAACGAGGAGCGUGGAAGCGGGUAUAACGCGGACGGGGGCAGCGGGUAUAACGCGGACGGGGGCAGCGGGUAUAACGCGGACGGGGGCAGCGGGUAUAACGCGGAGCGGGGCAGCGGGUAUAACGCGGAGCGGGGCAGCGGGGAUAACGCGGAAGGAGGCAGCGGGUAUAACGCCGAGAGCGGUAGCGGGUAUAAUGCGGAGCGGGGCAGUGAGGACAACACGGAGGGGGGAAGCGGGUAUAACGCGGAAGGGGGAAGCGGGUAUAACGCCGGGGGGGAUAGCGGGGAUAACACGGAGCGUGGAAGCGGGUAUAAUGCGGAGGGGGGCAGCGGGUACAACGCUGACGGGGGCAGCGGAUAUAACUCGGAGCGAAGCAGCGGGGAUAACACGGAGGGGGUUAGCGGAUAUAACGCGGACGGGGGCAGCGGGUAUAACGCGGACGGGGGCAGCGGGUAUAACGCGGAGCGAAGCAGCGGGUAUAACGCGGACGGGGGCAGCGGGUACAAUGCAGAUGGGGGCAGCGGGUAUAACGCGGACGGGGGAAGCGGGUAUAACGCGGACAGGGGCAGCGGGUAUAACGCGGAGGGAGGGGACGCGGCUCUGGCGGGGAGUCGGGCGAGGCGGCUUCGGUUGAGCCAGCGGAUGAGAAAGUCGAAGACGCGGGCGCGGAAGCGAGUGGCGGGAGUGGUGUUAGUGCGAACGGGAAGGUAG